GGCAGCUGUCAGAGCUUGAAGCGGUGAAAACACGGAGCAGCUCCGGAGGAUCAUGUGUUUGUGAAGAAGAGGAGGAGGAAGAAGAAGAAGAAGAGGAAGAAGAGGAAGAGGAAGAGAGAGUGCUGAUAUUGCCCAGCCCAUCAUCACAAUGGAAACCACCAACAGCUAUGUGUUGAUUCACGGGAAGAACAUAUCCCAUAAUUCCCUUGCGGGCGCUGCUGGUGUCCCCCACAUGUCCAUCGACAAACUGUUCCCAGCUCUCCUCGAGUGCUUCGGUAUCAUAUUGUGUGGCUACAUUGCCGGCAGGGCCGAUGUCAUCACGGAGAACCAGUCGAAGGGUUUGGGGAACUUUGUGUCGAAGUUUGCUCUUCCAGCUCUGCUCUUCAAAAACAUGGUGCUGUUGGACUUCGGAGACGUCAUCUGGGCGUUUCUCUGGAGCGUCCUGGUCGCGAAGGUGACAGUGUUUGUGCUGGUCUGUGUCCUGACACUGAUUGUGGCCGGUCCAGAAAACAGGUACAGCAAGGCCGGUCUCUAUGCCAUCUUUGCUACACAAAGCAAUGACUUUGCCCUGGGAUACCCUAUAGUUGAUGCUUUGUAUCGUAGCACAUAUCCAGAAUACCUCCAGUACAUCUACCUGGUCGCCCCGGUCUCCCUCAUGCUCCUCAACCCCAUCGGCUUCGCUCUUUGUGAGGUUCAGAAAUGGAAACAGAGCAGUCAUCCGCAGCACAGCACGCUAGCCAUCCUGGGAGUUGUGGUCUUACAGGUGUUGAAGAACCCAAUAGUGUUCAUGGUGAUGGUGGGAAUCAUCUCUCACUUUGCUCUGGGCCAACGGAUCCCUGCUGUGCUGUCGCAGUUCAUAGACGGCCUGGCCAACUCUUUUGGAGGGGCAGCCUUAUUUUACCUCGGCCUCACGAUGGUCGGUCAGUUAAGAAAACUAACCAGAGACACUGGUGUGGCCUUGAUUCUCCUCAUCACAGCCAAACUUCUGGUGAUGCCGCUGGUCUGUAAAGACAUGGUGAAUAUUCUGGAUGUGGGAGUGAACAGUACGAAUGCCAACCACACCAGUUUGUCCAACUUUGCUUUCUUAUACGGAGUCUUCCCCACGGCGCCCAGUGUCGCCAUUUACGCUGCACACUACAAUAUGGAGUUAGAGGUGGUCACGUCAGGGAUGGUCAUCAGCACGUUUCUGUCGGCGCCGAUCAUCUACGUGUCGGCCUGGUUGUUGACGAUCCCUCUGAUGGACCCGACCCCCCUGGUGACGGAGCUAGAAAACGUUAGCUUCAACAUUAGCAUCAUCAGCCUUGUAGCACUGGUGUGGACCAUAGCCGUGAUGCUUCUCAGCAGAAAAUUUAACAGACUUCCUCACCUCUUUGCCUUAAAUCUGUUCCUGGCUCAGUUCCUGGUGUGUGUCAGUAUGAUCCUGUGGAACUUCUUGGUGAAACAAGACGACAACCUGGUCGGCAAGAUUCUCACCUUCACUCUGCUGUACGGCUCUUUGUACAGCACCUACGUUUGGACAGGUCUAAUCCCUCUGUGUCUGGCCCUGACUAACAGAGAUGAGCUGCUGAGGCUCCGACCAGGAGUCUUCAUGAUUUUGGGUUGGGGGGUCCCCUUCCUGGUGGUCGGAGGUCUUCUGAUAGCAGGAGAACGGACUGAUACCAUGGACUCUGCUUUCUUUUAUGGCAGAGCUCAGAUGAUCAGCACAGCGGUGGUGCUCGCUGUCAGCCUGGUGCUUGGUGCAGUAUCUCUGAUGGGGCUCAGCCAGGGAGACCGGGAGCAGAGAGGUUAUGAGGUCCUGAACAGAGCUGCUGCAACCGGACCUAUUGAUGAGCUGACUCCCCCUGGUGGCUUGGAAUAUCCACAACAGCAAACACAGCUGCCGAAUUCCCCCGUCUGCAGCAUCAACUCAGACCUCCACAGCUUCUCUCCUGUUCAGACCCUGCCUGACAUGAUAGCCAGCACACAAAGGGAACACCCAAACCACACAGACCACAGUGGGGCGCCGUGUGACCGGCUGCCGACUUCCUCCUCAGAGCAGCCGCUCAACCUGCCGCCGCCCGGGCUUCAACCCGCCGAUGAGAAACAGACAGUCAGACAUGUCCUGCUCUGCCUGCUGCUCAUCGUCAGCCUGCUAGCGAACCUGUCCAGCUGUCUGUGGUGGCUGUUUAACGAUGAUCCAGGAAGACUUUACCUCGAGCUCCAGUUCUUCUGUGCUGUGGCUAACUAUGGACAGGGUUUCCUGUCCUUCGGGAUCUUUGGUCUGGACAGACACCUCAUCCUCUUGCCCUUCAAGAAGAGGUUGCGUAACCUGUGGCAGGGCAGAGACAGCGAUGAUUUGAGUCCCUCAGCUGUUCCAGAGGACGUCAGACUCACCUGCACCCAGUUCGUCCGCUACCACAAAGACCAGUGUGUCCAGGACGUAGUGCACACUGGCAGGUUUGGUGGAGGAAGAGGGCUGGAGGAGGAAGAGGAGGAGGAUGGGCUUCCGAGAGCUUCCCCCUCCCAUCAGCCCCUGCACGCACAUCAGGAUCUUCACCAAAACCCCGAUCCAGCCGAAUCCUGCGGCCAGUACUCACUCCCACCCCGACCCAGGCUUGAGCUGGAGACCGAACACCAAACUAAUACCCCUCACCCCGAUAUCCCAGAGGAGCAGACUCCCCAGCUCCCCUUGAAUGAAGCUCACGACCCAGCGACUCCUCAGCACCAGCAGGUUCCAGCUCCGUGCCCAUCCCGUCCACAGCCCCGUCCCGAAGGUGUGUUCCGGGGCAGUGACCUGGUGGACUGGCUGGUGGAGAGGGGCCUGUGUGCCGGGCGAGCUGAGGCCCAACUGUACGGAGAACGACUGCAGCGGGGAGGAGUGUUAGAUCAGCUGACGGGUCACCACAGCUUCAGGGACGAAGUUACACUGUGGUACCACUUCACACAGGGGGGAGGGGAGGGGCGGGCACAGGACACGUGAGCGGAAGACGAUGGAGAGGAGGAAGAGGCCGAGAAGGAACGGGCCUGGUGUCGGCGAGCAGCAACCGCCACGGAUCAAAUCUCUGUACCAUGUGGUUUCACCUACAAUCGCCAAAUGCUGGAAAUCAACAAUCUCUAAUAUGUGAUUGUGGCCAUCUGAUAAAUACAAAGAUAUCAAAUCUUUGUAUUUCACUGCAUGUUUCCCUGGAUUAACGAUUUCUCCAAGGCUUUUCCUUUCGGUUUCUCGUCUCCUCCGGCUCCACUCUGAUGCCCCGAUGGGAAAAUCUCAACCUCUGACAGCUCAGAGACAUUUCAGUUUUUUUUUCCAGAGUUUUGUUUUCUGCUGCUCUGGCCUGGACCUGAUUUCAGUUUUUUGAUUUUAGCUGCCCUGAGAUCUGAUCAUUGAUUUUUCCGCUCUUUUGUCUGGAUUUCUCGGAGCCAGUGAAGUUUUCAGUUCGUACGAAUAUGCUUUUUUAUUUUUAAGGGACACGUUGCCAUCCAUCAGCCUCCCGUCCUUAUGUGUUGUGUUAUCUGUGAUGUGUGGUUGCCAGUUGUGAGAUGACAAUGACACCAGUAAACUGUAUGUUAGUUCUUUGCCAGUGAGCAGCCGGGCUGCGCUCUGAGAACCAGAGGUUUCCUCACCUGCUCGUUCUAUGUCGUCAUCAUCACCAUGUUUUGUUUGAUUCCUCUCGGAUGAAAUGAACUCGUCCUGGAUCUGCCUGUUAUUUCAGUAUUUGAUAUUUUGCACGUUGUGUCUUUUGAGACUCGGGUCUGUCGACUACUUGCAUGACUGAGAGCAGCCGUCUGCUCAGCACUGACACAUUUGCACUGACUGAAUAAUAUCAUCUCGAUAAACCAUCGUGUUUUUUAAUUUAUGCAACUCCUCGGAUAUGAACCUUGUGAUGAUGCUGCACAUUUGUUUUUUUAUCUUUGCUUCAUGUUACUGUGUCACACAACAAUUGUCUGGGCCAAGUUAUGACCAUAUUGAUAAAUGUGUUCAUUCAGCCAAAAUUAGUGUAGAUACCUUUUUGAGCCAAAUGUGUCACCACAGCUUGAUUUAAUAAUUCAAAUCUGAACUGAACUUUGUCCCUAAGUUGAAUCUAAAGGAUAAAAACCUUGAGAAGACUUAAAACUACGAACUGUCUUUAUGAAUCUGAGCUUCUUACUUGUCCUGCCAUAAUUAUGCUCCUCAUUUGUACGUGUAACAAUCUGGCUCAUUGUACACAUAACCACUACAGACUUUUAUAUUAUUUAUGCAGCUUCUUCUGAUCUGCAUUAACGACACUACGCUAUUUAUCCUGUUCAGUUGCUGUUGAUUUGUGUUUUACUCUGAAGUUUACUUUGAAUGUUUGGGUAAAUGGAUAAAUGUGACCGUGAGCAGAAACUCCACAUCGUUGUUUCCAGCCAUGAGAUCUGAGGAAGGGGAACAGGAGUCCGAUCGAUUACAUGUGCAGAAUAAACCAUGUGGAGAGUCGUGCAUUUAUCUUUGCGUUAUACAGAUUUUUUUUUAUUUUCCUAACUCAAAUUCUAUAUAUUUGGUUGUAUUUGUGUUUUAUUUUUAGUUAUUUAUGAUAAAGUACUUGAUUAAAGUCUAAAAUAUUCAAACUCAA